CUUUUACAGCUGCUGCUGGUGGCGUCUUUCUCUCAGGCUGAGGAGCCGCACUGCAGGCGGAGGGGGGAUCCUGAGAACCCUCCACUGUCUCAGGAUGGGGACAUUAUGUUGGGGGGAAUCUUCUCUUUCCACAGCAGCUGGAAAGACAGAGAGGAAACCUACACUCACAAACCACUGCCACUGGAGUGCACCAGUUUGAAUUUCAGAGGUUUCCAGUUUGCCCAGGCUAUGCUUUUUGCCAUCGAGGAGAUUAAUAACACCACAAAUUUACUGCCUGGCGUCUCUCUGGGAUAUAAAAUGUACGAUGCCUGUGGCUCCAUCGCCAGAAGUGUGAGGGUUGCUCUGGCCUUGGCUAACGGUAACGAUGUUGUAUCUGCCCCCUCCGCCACGCCGUGUACCAAACCUGCACAGGUGCAGGCCAUCAUGGGAGAAACCUCCUCCUCUCCGUGCAUGGCUAUAGCUACUGUCAUCGGGCCAUUUCAUAUCCCACUGAUCAGCCACUUCGCCACCUGCGCUUGUCUCAGUGACAAAACCAAAUACCCGUCCUUCCUCAGAACAAUACCCAGUGACUACUACCAGAGCAGAGCCCUGGCCCAGCUGGUCAAGCACUUUGGUUGGAGUUGGGUUGGAGCCAUUAGAACCAAUGAUGAUUACGGAAAUAACGGCAUGGCUACGUUCACAGAAACUGCCCAACAGCUGGGCAUCUGUCUGGAGUACUCCGUGUCUUUCUUCAGAACAGACCCGCCCGACAAAAUACUAAAGAUAAUCAACGUCAUCAAGGCUUCCACCUCCAAGGUGAUUAUUGCUUUUCUCUCUCACUUGGAAAUGGAUGUUCUUAUACAUGAGCUAUCCCACCACAACCUGACUGGUUACCAGUGGGUGGGCAGCGAGGGCUGGAUCUUUGAUUAUCAGACUGCAGAAGUGAAUGGGCAUCACAUCCUGGACGGGGCCAUAGGCCUGUCCAUCCCCAAAGCACAUGUCAGGGGCAUGAGAGAGUUCAUACUGAAUGUGAAGCCACUCAAUUCUUCCGGUAAUGAAAUGUUUACAGAGUUCUGGGAGGGUUUAUUCAGCUGUAAGUUCAAACAGACCACAGUGAUGCAGAGAGAAUGUACUGGGGGUGAAGAUCUGACCCAAGUGCACAACAGCUUCACUGACAUGUCUCUCAUGCCGAUAUUUAACAAUGUCUACAAAGGAGUUUAUGCUGUGGCUCAUGCACUUCAUAGCAUUCUUGGCUGUAAUGAAACAUGUAACGACAAAGUGCAGCUCAAUCCAUUGACGAUUUUACAGCGCAUAAGAGGGAUUCAGUUCAAAACCAAGGAAGGAGACAAGGUUUACUUUAAUGAAGAUGGCGACCCAGCAGCAGAGUAUGAAAUCAUAAACUGGCAGCGAGCAGAAAGCGGCUUUGUGGAGUUUGUCACAGUCGGUCUUUAUGAUGCGUCCCUACCUGCUGACAAACAGCUGAAUCUGCAUAAUACGUCUUUAGUCUGGGCACAGAACUCAAAACAAGUGCCUGUGUCAGUUUGCAGUGAGAAUUGUCCCCUGGGAACCAGGAAGGUUCUUCAGAAAGGAAAACCUGUCUGCUGCUUUGACUGUAUUAGAUGUGCGGUGGGAGAAAUAAGCAACAUCACAGAUUCUGUCUCCUGUGUGCGGUGCCAUCCUGAAUUCUGGUCGAAUGAGGGAAGAGACGCCUGUGUGAAAAAAGAGGCAGAGUUUCUUUCCUACAAAGAAGUUAUGGGAGCACUGCUCACCGCGGCGUCCCUGUUUGGAACAUGUAUGACCGCAGUCGUGACACUCAUCUUUUUCAGAAACAGGAAAACUCCCAUCGUCAGGGCAAACAACUCCGAGCUGAGCUUCCUGCUGCUCUUCUCCCUGACUCUGUGCUUCCUGUGCUCCCUGAGCUUCAUCGACCGGCCCUCUGAGUGGUCCUGCAUGCUGCGACACACGGCGUUCGGCAUCACCUUCGUCCUCUGCAUCUCUUGUGUCCUCGGGAAAACUAUGGUGGUGUUAAUGGCCUUCAGGGCGAGACUUCCAGGCAGAAAUGUGAUGAAAUGGUUCGGUCCUGCACAGCAGAGGCUCAGUGUUCUAGGGUUCACUCUCAUACAGGUUAUAAUAUGCAUCUUAUGGCUGACAAUCUCUCCUCCUUUCCCGUUCAAGAACUUUAAAGAAUUCAAGGACAAAAUCAUCCUGGAGUGCGCGCUGGGCUCAGCUGUAGGAUUCUGGGCCGUACUCGGGUAUAUCGGGAUUCUGGCCAUUUUGUGUUUCAUUCUUGCUUUUCUGGCGCGGAAAUUACCCGAUAACUUUAACGAAGCCAAAUUCAUCACCUUCAGCAUGUUGAUAUUCUGCACAGUCUGGAUCACUUUUAUUCCAGCCUAUGUCAGCUCUCCUGGGAAGUUCAGUGUAGCAGUGGAAAUCUUUGCUAUUUUGGCCUCAAGUUUUGGACUCCUCAUUUGUAUUUUUAUUCCAAAAUGUUAUAUUAUCUUAUAUAAACCGGAGAGGAAUACAAAGAAGAAUAUUAUGGGGAAAGUGGCACUAAAAUAG